UAGAGACACCGUAGAUCAAGGCCGGAACGAGCCCACAACGCUUCAGCGGGCCGUUCCGGAUCCCCAGAUCCCCAACCGAGCCGCCGCCCUCAUGGCCGCCGCCGCCGCCUCGCCGUCGACGGCGACGGUGUGGGCCUUCGCCGCCGCCACCUGCGUCAAGCUUCUGCUCGUCCCCACCUACCGCUCAACCGAUUUCGACGUCCACCGCUACUGGCUCGCGCUCACCCACGCCCUCCCCGCCCGGCAGUGGUACGUCGACGCCUCUUCAGAAUGGACGCUAGACUACCCGCCCUUCUUCGCCUACUUCUCCCGCCUCCUGUCUCUCGCGGCGCCCCUCGUCGACGCCUCCCUCGUCUCCCUCCCCGUGCCCGCCGCGCCGCACUCCUCACCCUACCUUCUCUACCUCCGCCUCACCGUCGCCUUCUCCGACCUCCUCCUCCUCGCGUCCGUCCUCCUCCUGGCGGUGGAUGCUCGCCGGAGGCAGCGGCCGUUCCUUGCUCUCGUGCUCGUCCUGUGGUCGCCGGCCUUGCUCGCCGUGGACCACGUUCACUUCCAGUACAACGGGUUCCUGAUGGGGCUGCUGUUGCUUUCGCUGCACUUCCUUGAACAGGGUAAGGAUCUUGCCGGGGGAGUUGCGUUUGCUGCACUACUGUGCUCGAAGCACCUGUUCCUUGUGGCUGCACCGGUGUACUUCGUGUAUUUGUUCCGGCAUUAUUGUUGUGGCCGGGGUGUGGUGAGGGGCCUGGGAAGGUUGGUUCUCAUGGGUGCUGGAGUGGUUGCUAUUUUUGCCAUGGCAUUUGCGCCUUUCAUGUACUAUGGGCAGAUGCAACAACUCUUUAGCCGAUUGUUUCCUUUUGGUCGAGGCCUAUUCCAUGCUUACUGGGCCCCAAACUUUUGGGUAUUUUAUAUAAUACUUGACAAGAUCCUUGCAUAUGUUCUUAGAAGACUAGGAUUCAAUAUUGAGAUACCUGAAGCAUCGUUUACUAGGGGGCUUGUUGGUGAUUCAUCUCCUUUUGCAGUUCUUCCCAAGGUCACCCCAAUAACUACAUUUUUAUUGGUGAUACUUGCUAUGACUCCUUGUCUUGUGAAAGCGUUCUCUAACCCCCAACCAAAACACAUAAUUAGAUGGGUGUCAUAUGCUUGUUCAUGUGGAUUUAUGUUUGGAUGGCAUGUACAUGAGAAGGCAUCACUUCAUUUUACUAUACCACUUGCGCUAAUUGCCAUGGAUAGCUUGGAUGAUGUCAGACAUUAUUUUUUGUUGUCAAUAGUAUCAUGCUACUCUCUGUUCCCAUUGCUGUUUGAGAACCAAGAAUACCCGAUAAAGGUGCUGCUACUGUUGACCUACAGUACUCUCAUGUGGGUAGGUUUUUCAUCCCAUUUAUCUGCAAACUCUGCUCGUGAAGAGAAGAAAGCAAAUGCAUCAGGAAUCAUAGUGAAGCAAAAAUUCACUGGAUGGAUCAGUUUGUGGUAUCUUUCAGGAGUGUUUGCAAUAGAAUUAUGGUCUCAAGUAUUUCAUAACUAUGUAUUUGGCGAUAGGCUUCCUUUCCUACCUCUCAUGAUGGUUUCAGUCUACUGUGGCGUUGGAAUGAUGUACUCAUGGAUGUGGCAACUAUUGUGGAUUGUCAGACACACUUAAUAUGAUCUUCAGUAAUCAAUCUGAUCAUUCUUUCUUGCCCUUUACUGGUUGAGACCAAUCUUGGUAACUCACCCCACUUGGCUGUGUCGUGGAAUGAACUUCAAAACUGCGAGCUGCACUCUUAUAUGGUUGAUACAUUCAGUUUUUCAGCGGUGCGGAAUUUUGGGGAUGUAUUCUUGUAAUGUUGUACAGUAAUUGUUUUAUUUCUUUUUACAAUGGAGCUGCUUCUAUCUGCCCAUUUUUCAUGGGUUGAGUUUUUUGACUGACAGUUUGUAUAACCUGAUGUGUUGAGUGUGUGGUAAGCUGUUUUCCACUUUUACAGUACAGAACAACAUAUCAUAUACUAUACAUCUGUAUUUUGCAUUCGCAA